GUGUUGUUCAGCAGUAUGUGUUAGCCCGAUAUUACUUUGGUUCUCGUAAGCACAGUGAUUUCAAAUUUCGUUUCGUCAAAUGAGCUGUAGAAGCUCUAUGUCUGUGCUUACAUGAAGACUGCGGCCUCAAGUGAUACGGAAUAAGUUUGUCGAAUUGCACAUCGCCAUCCUGAGGUCCGUGGUGGGUGUGGUUGGCACACAGCGUAAUGGAGGUGGGGUCGGUUGUUCUGGGCGACAUGGAGUUCCGAGGGGUGGAAUUUUCUCUAAAGCUGGAGCUAGAGGAGGAGGUACUGGUUGUGGAGAUUAUGGAUUCUGUGACAGCUGACCAGUGGAGGCGGGAGUUUGAUCCAGCUUACAUUGAGAACCUGACUCGCAAGACAGGGAAUUUCAAGCAGUUCCCAAUCUUCUGCAACAUGCUAGAGUCUGCUGUCAAUAAGACCAGUGAGGCUGUGGCCCUUGACCUCUUGACCUAUGCUGACCUGGAGCUUCUUCGUAACCGCAAAGCAGGUGUGGUUGGUCGGCCUCGCCUCCAGCCGCAGUCUCCAGCCCUCAGUGCCAAGCGCUACCUCAUCCUCAUCUAUACAGUGGAGUUUGACAGGAUACACUACCCCCUACCCCUGCCUUACCAGGGCAAACCAGACCCAGCUGCCCUUCAGAGGGAGAUUCGAGCCCUGAGGGCAGAACUCUGUGCCAUGAGAACUCGGGGGGGCCCCAAAACUCUGGACCCUGAGACCCGCAAACUGCAUGCCGAGCUGGCUUUUAUGAAAGAAGAGAAGGAGGCCUUGACAAAGGCUCUGGAGAGGCUGCAGGCAGGCAUGGGGGGGUGUAUACCAGGGGCACGCGGGCUCCGGGGCGUGGUUCAGGGGCUGGAGGAGCAGCUGCUCAGAGAGAGGGCCCAGAGCCAGCGCUCUGCCAGCAAGAGAGGACAGGAGCAGUGCCUUCUGCUAGAACAGCUGGAGGAGCUAAAGGCAUCAGAACGAGCACUGCGGAUCCGGGUGAAGAGUCUGACCAAUGAGCUAGCAGCACUACGCAGGGGCAGGAUGACACCCCUGCUGUCUGUGCGGAACCGCUCCAGAGGGGAGGUGGAAAUUCAGAGACCUGUGUCCCGAGAAUGCAGCCUUGGAAGCGGGGGCGGACGGGGCCGCUCAGGGUCCCGUGAGAGGAUGGAGAAGAACUGGGGUCAAGUGUCUAAGGAGCAGGGCAGGAGGGUAGAGUCCUCAGGGAUAUGCCCCCGAAUCCCCAGACCCUCCCCCUCCCCCACGGGGCUCUGUACUCCACGAUUUGACCCCACUGCCUACAUCCAGGACCGCCAACGCCGACAGCGAGAGACCAACCUCAAAAAUCAGAGGAAAGUGAAAAGGGACAUGUUGCCCUUGCUUCCAGGCCAACAGAGGGGUCGAUCCCGCUCCAGAGAGAUGCGCCCUCAGCUUACCAGGGUAGGCAGUGCAGACCGAAGGAGAAGCUUGUCCCUAGAGAGUCGGAGGAGCCGGCGCUCUUCUGACAGCUCAGCGGCUGAGUUCGAAGAGCUCCCCUCCAGAGGGAGGAAACCUUUGUGGAAUGUCCAAGCCCUGCCCAGAGGCCAAUACCCUGCCAAGAAGCCCUUGUGCAGCACUCCCACUCGAAGGACCCAAGCCCCAGAUAAAGAGAGCCUGACAGAUGCAGGUGCUGACCUGUCGGAGAUUGACGCACGACUUCAGGCGCUACAGGAGUACAUGAGGGACCUGGAUACAGGGCGUUCGAUGUACACACUGGAACCAGUGCCCCACUGAGCAGCACAACCCCCAGCAUACACUCACCCCAGAACCUCAUGGGACCCUGCACAUAACCUGUGCUAAUGGAUAAACUUGAUUACAUCUGAGCCCUGCAGAACUGUGGCAUGAACUCCAUCAAAUAUACAGGAAUGUGAUUUUCCCUGGUUAAUCAGGAAAUACUCAUUUUCGGACCCUCAAUGUUACAACUUAAGGCAGGGGGGACUUUGGGUGUAUCAUAAGCAAAAAGAAUUAAAACCUUCUCCAUUGAGACAGCAAAUAGCAAGACAGAAUGUUCAGUAAUAAUGCCAGAUUACUUGUGGCCCCCAUUGGUAUUCAGGGUCUGAAAAAUUUCCUUCUUAAUCAGGAAAGUCUGGCAAAAUUGGUGAGAGAGGCCAAAGAUACCCUGAAGGUGUUUGCUCAUAAGGCAGGGUUCUGACACGUCACUGAAUGGACAUCUCAUUUAUUCAGUUCAGCAGAUUUUGCUUCCAAAAUCUGCUGAACUGUUUGUUUUUUUUUUGUUUGUUUUGUUUUGUUUUUGCAAUAGCUUUUUAACAUUUGUCUACUACAGUUAACUUUUGUUUGAUUAAAUGAUCAAAGGUUUGUGCUAUAUUUCUUGUAAAAGAUUUAUUAAAAUCUUUUUCAGUAAUAUGAUUUUUUUUUUUUUUUUUUUUAACCUUCUUUAGUUUUAGCAACAAGGUUUUAUCUAAAGAAGUCAUUGGUCCUCAUUCUCAAAACAUUUGUAAAAUUGUCUUACAUUUUUUUCUUGAUUCCUACAACAAACCAAGGUGGGAUUCAUGAAACAUGCGCACAGGUGUAUCAGAUGAUGAAUGCCAGCUGUUCAUAAAUUGGUUCCACAAGUCUCUUCAUGGUGGGUAGGACAAGAAGACACCCAUGAAUUACAUAAACCCAAAGAAAAAAACUAAUGUGAAAAAACCUCAUCAUAAAUAUGACUAAAAAUGUGUUUUUGAAAAAAUGGAAAAUAAACUGAAACUCACAGUA